CGUCAGACGCAACACGGGAUUAUCCUGUUUUGUUUUUUUAUGUCGCCUCAUCCAUCGCAUAUUCCAUCCUAACGCGCUGCUCGGGGCAGAUUAUCGCCAUGUUGUGACGUUUUGCAGCCUCGGCGAGCCUUUACGUAACCUGACGUCGUCUGGAGAAGGAUCUGGAAGCUCGCGAGCAGUCGCCCGGAUGAGGCGCGUGUCCCGCCACGCAGAUGGGCGCCGACGGCAGCAAGAAGAGGCCCGCUGACGCCCGGGAGGACCAGCACCUGGCGUCGGGAUGGCGCGGCUUCCUGUCCGGUAUGAGCCUGUCCCUCCCCGCCGCCGUCUGCCGUCUGGCUCCGCCCCCCCUGCGCCCGGGUGGGCGGCGCAUGCUCCAGGCCAAGGCGCCCGACAUCCCCGAACAUGUGCUGAGGCUGGCGGCGGUGGGGCCGGACAAGCUGAGGGCGGAGUGGAGCCUGCCGGGCUGGGUGACCAUGUUCCUGCCCGAGUUCCCGCACAGGCCCGUACCUGGACAGGAACACUUUCAGGUGUUGGGCUACAUCGCCAAAGGUUCUUUCGGCCCCAUCCUGAAGGUGAAGGACAAGAGCAAGCAGAAGACGUACGCUGUCAAGGUGAUACCCAAAUCUGAGAUCCUCAGACUGGGCGUGUUGGAGCAGUCCAAGGAAGAGGUCAUAGUUCAGCGUCAGGUUCAUCACCCGUUUGUCCACGACCUGCAGGACUGUUGGCAGACACAGCGCCACCUCUACAUUAUGUGUGACUAUUGCGGCACGGGCGACCUCUACACCUACUGGCAGAUGAUCGGACACUUCGCCGAGGACACGGUGCGAGUGUUCGCGGCCGAGCUGGGCUGCGCGCUAGGAUUCCUGCACGACUUUGGAAUCAUCCACAGGGACGUGAAGAUGGAGAACAUCCUGUUGACAGACGAAGGUCACCUCCGCUUAGCUGACUUUGGUUUGUCUCGUCGUCUGGAGCGAGGAGGACGAGCGUUUACCAUCUGUGGCACCAUCCAGUAUAUGGCCCCCGAGGUGCUGAGCGGCGGUCCUUACAACCACGCGGCCGAUUGGUGGUCUCUCGGAAUUCUCCUCUUCUCAUUGGCUGUUGGCAAGUUCCCCGUGGCAGCAGAAGCAGACCACUGUGGCAUGCUGAGGAGGGUCCGGUCCUUCCCCUACGAGAUGCCCCUCAACCUCAGCCCCCCCCUGGCCAUGCUGGUCACCGAGCUGCUGUGCAAGACGCCCACCCGCCGGCUCCGCACCCUGGAUCGCUUCCGACGCCAGACCUUCUUCCGCGGGCUGACUUUCGACCAGGGCCUGCUGCAGCGCCACCCUGUGGAGGUGAUUCUGGAGCUGAGGGAGCGGCCGGAUCGUGCGGCCAAAGCUCGCCGAGGCCUGACGUUGUCGCUGCAGCCGCUCAAGGGCUUCGACUACGACUCGCUGCUCGCGCCCGACACGCAUCCGGACCGCCACGCGCAAAGUCAGGCAAAGUUUCUGUGGCGCGCACAGGAAGAAGGCCCGCACAGGGAGGUGUUUGUGUGAGGUCGGUACGCCACCAACUCUUUAAACGUGCUUCAUAACGGCGCUUGUGAGGUGGGCGGAGCUACACACGUCAAGAAAAAAGAUGUCCGCCAUUGUUGUCCUACGUCUACUCUGUGGCCUUCCUCUUCUUUGUGUCGCUGCGCCAUUCAUGCCUGAACUGUACCGGGUCUCUAACCUUACCACCAGACUUCCUGGUUGCGUCACAACGCUAGGUGGCUACAAGCAUAGACAUCUUCCGCUACUGCCUACUGGCGCUGACGAGACGCGGGGCCGCCAUCUUGGAGUGGUGAUCCACUCCACUCAGUGCAAUUCAUUUGGCAGGAGCGCAUUUAAUUAAUUUUACUUCACUGUGAAUACCACUGAUUUUCAUGCACUUUUUUUGUCAUACGUGUAGCUAUGAUAAAGGACACAUGUUUUAUUAUUCAUAGUUUGCUUAACAGUAAUAGAAUAUUCUUAUAUGCUAUAAGUGACCAGACGUCCGAGAUCAAAACUGGGAAUAUAAUCCCUGAGAAGGGGGGGAAAAAACGGUCAGCUAUUUUUAAAUUGAAGAAACAAUAUGAUUAGGUUAUAUAUAUACAUGCUACAUUACGGAGCCC